GGCCUGAGGUCGCUCGGUGUCUGUGUUGGGGGACGGUUGAUAAUUGCACUCCGGGUAGCAGCCCAGUGACAGCAGCGGGGUGUCCUCUUGACCUUAGAAAGCGCUCAGUCAAAGCAGCUAAGUUUGAAUUGUUUGUUUUUUAAGACCGGUUGGAACUUAAAGAACGGUAUCUCUAUUAACAGGGAACUCGAUAGCGCUGAUCACUGGCUUUGUUCUGAUAUUUCUCCACCGUGUGCGACUUUCCCGUCUUCCGUAGUUGUUCGGGAAUGGCGCCCGGGACUUGUAGCAAAAUGGCAACUGUCUUGACCGCUGGACUUGCGCUCCUGCUGUUGCUCAGUGUCCACGUGUCACUCACCAGCGUCAUGGCCGCUCCUACCCAGUGGACCGGCGACAGGGUACAAGUACACCCGACAUAUAACGAGGCCGGUGACUUUCUCUCCCUGGUCCAGAACAUCAUGAACAGGCUACAAGCGGACAAACAAAAGAGAACAAGCCCCGAUGGUGGGUUUUUCUCCCGGCAUGACGCCAUGCGUGACUACCUGAAUUCUAUUUAUGCCAGCGAGUUGGCUUCCGAUCCUUAUGGCCCUGGCAAACGCUAAUGAGUAAAUCACGGCGCCCCCUUCAGCCUGGUACAUCUCACAAGUUCACAGACAGCAGGAAGCCUUCCCCUCUCGCUUUUCGUUUUUAGUGCAAAUAAAGAGAAAAGCUAUUUGA